CUUUUCUUUUUUUUUUUUUUUAAAAAAAAAAUAAUCCUCAAUGACAUCUAUUGCUAUGAAAAAGAAAACUAUCACCAAGGAUGAAUGGGAACAACGAUUAGCCAAAGUAGUUGUCGAAAAACAAACAUUGAAUCAACUUAUUAUGAAUUAUUUAGUCAUUGAAGGGUAUAUGGAAGCUGCUGAACAGUUUAGUCGAGAAAGUGGAUUAUCUCCUUGUGUGGAUUUACAAUCAAUUCAAGAACGCAGAGAAAUUCGUCAUGCUGUUCAAUCGGGUGAUAUCGAUACUGCCAUUGACCUUGUGAACGACUUGAAUCCGGAAAUUCUAGACACUAAUCCCAAACUAUACUUUCAUUUACAACAACAACGAUUAAUCGAAUUGAUUCGUAAGGGUGAUGACGAAGGCGCGUUAGCAUUUGCAGCAGAUGAAAUGGCACCACGUGGAGAGGAACAUCCAGAAUUUUUACAAGAACUGGAACGCACCAUGGCUCUAUUGGCUUUUCAAGAUAUGCAACAAUCACCAGUACAAGAUUUACUUCAUCCUCACCAAAGGCAAAAGACGGCACAAGAACUUAACGAAGCGAUUCUUACUAGUCAAUCUCGUGAUCCUCAUCCAAAAUUACCUCAUCUUCUAAAGGUCCUUGCUUGGAGUCAAGAACAAUUGGAUGAAAGAAUGAUUUAUCCUCGUAUCAAUGAUUUCGUCACAGCAGAAUUGGUCGUUCAACAACAACAACAAACGGAUCAACAAAAACAAGAUCAAGAUGAAAUGGAUACCGUCGAUACCAACAAUUCAUUGUGAUCCCAAAUAGUCAAGUCUUUCUUCCAUCUUUAGUUACCAUUUCACUUCGUAC